AUGACUUUGUUUUUCAACCCCUUCUCCCGGUCCCAGGGCGGCAAUGCAUGGUUCCGAGUUGGCCUUGCAUCUUCAUUUCCAAACAUCACCAGCGAGGACGAGGACAACAUCGCCCAUGCCCGCCCAUGUGGCAGCGAAGCUGUCACCGCGCCUGGCUGCAAAGUGUUCUACGUCCCCAAAGAAGAUAGCUCGCGUGCCAACCAGGUGACGCUCGACGAUUCGGGGGCGCCGUCGGAACCAGGAAGCCUGCGGGACCAAGAGUGCCCUCAUUCGUCAUACCCUCUCUCAGACGGAGUGCCGUUCGACAUCGAAGAUUUCGGCAUUGUUUUGAGCUCCGGCAUCACGUGCCCCAAGCACGGGUGGUCGUUUGAUCUGAUCACUGGCAGAGGCGAUCGAGGCAACUAUAGGCUGCAGGUGUGGGAGACUGAGUUGCGCCCCGUGGAGACGGCUGGCGUUGAGGGAGGCGACAAUGAAGUUUGGGUGAGAAGGAAGCAGAGGAUUGGUUGA